AUGACGGUGCGAGGGGUUGGCAAAUGUUACCAAUGCCGACCCCCAGCUAGCGACGUAGCAAUUGUCCAUCGUGAACUAAGUGGAGAAGAUCACUGUUGCUACACCUUGUCUGCGCUGGCCCAACGCUCGCCAAUGGAAAAGAAGAAAAAAAGUAGAGACAAGAAGAGCAGAAAGAGAAAAAAAGUUGUGGCUUUUCCAGUAACGGAUAAACACUCUGACAAAUCCCAUUGUCCUGCGGUAACUCAUUUGGAUGGAGCCGAAGGCUCAAAAGUUAAACCCCUCAAGACAGCCAUUUCAUCUCCUAACCAAGUCCCCGCCAAGCAAGAUGGAUUGCAAGAAGUCCGACCUGCUCCGGAGUGUUUACAGGAUGGUCCUAGGCCCCAAAAACAAGAACUGGAAGAAAUCAACAUAGCCUCUGAAGGAGAACCCAGGCGUCCCAUCUUCAUUUGCAAAGAUCUCCCAGCAGAACAGAGGGGGCCCCUCAUCGAGUUGAUUAGAAAAUAUUCGGACGUUUUCGCAUGGACAUAUGAAGAAAUGCCAGGAUUAGACAAAGAUGUUACCAUGCACCGUCUGAACGUCAUCUCCCUGGCUCGCCCAGUCAAGCAAGGAGUAAGAUUUUAUAAGCCCGAGGUGGAGCUCAACAUCAAGGACGAAGUGGUGAAGCUGCUUGGAGCAGGGUUCAUCAAACCCAUCCAACAUCCCACCUGGCUUUCUAGUAUCGUCCCAGUUAUCAAAAAGAAUGGUCAAAUUCGAGUGUGCGUCGAUUUCAGAGAUCUAAACAAAUCUUGCCCCAAAGAUGAGUUCCCACUCCCAAACAUAGACACCUUGAUUGAUUCAGCGGCGGGUCAUCAUAUGUUCUCAUUCAUGGAUGGCUUCAGCGGCUACAACCAGAUUAAGAUGGCUCCAAAGGAUGCCCCAAAGACAGCAUUUCGCACUCCUAUAGGCAACUUUUUCUAUACUGUAAUGCCUUUUGGGCUGAAAAAUGCAGGAGCAACAUACCAGAGAGCUAUGACAACCAUUUUUCAUGAUAUGUUGCACAAGUCCUUGGAAUGUUACAUUGAUGAUUUGGUGGUGAAAUCCAAAGAGGAGACUAGUCACCUCAAAGACCUCCAAAGAGUUUUUGAACGUUGUAAGAAAUACAAACUCAGAAUGGAUCCGCUUAAGUGCGCAUUCGGAGUCACUGCCGGCAAGUUCCUUGGCUGUAUCGUUCAUCGCCAUGGGAUAGACCCCGACCCAGCAAAGGUCGCCACCAUCAAAAAUAUGCCACGACCAACCAGUCUAGACGAGUUGAGAACCUUCCUUGGUCGGGCAUCCUACUUGAGACGGUUUAUCCCAGCUAUGGCCGAAAUAACACAACCCUUCAAUUCAUUACUGAAGAAGGAUGUCAGGUUCAUUUGGAAUGAGGAACACCAACAAGCAUUUGAAGGAGUGAAAUCAACUUUAACAUCCCCUCUCUCCAUGACUCCUCCUCAGCCGGCGAGGCCCUUACUCCUCUACAUCACUUCCACGCCGAAAUCAGUCGGCGCUCUGCUCGCCCAGGAAAUUGACGGACUUGAACGGCCCGUGUACUACAUAAGUAGAGUCAUCCAAGGGGCUGAGGUCCGAUAUUCCCCCAUUGAACGACACUGCCUUGCCCUAGUGUUCGCAGCCAAAAAGCUCCGCCAUUACCUUCUUUCUUAUCCCAUCCAUCUCAUGACCAGGAGUGAUCCUAUCCGCUUUCUCCUCACUAGACCAGCGCUCUCCGGCAGGCCAGCUCGUUGGCUCCUAUCAUUAGCAGAAUACGACAUCACUUGCAAAGCUCCCAAGGCCAUCAAGAGUCAAGCGCUUGCCGACCUCUUAGCUCACUUCCCUAGUGGAGAACAUGAAUCGCCUUCGGAUGAAUUGCCAGGUGAUGAGUUCCAAGCAGCUGAAGUAAACAUUGAAGGAGAAUGGAGUUUGAGUUUCGAUGGAUCGUUCACCUCUAAAGGGGGAGGAGCUGGAAUAGUCCUUAUUUCUUCAAAUCAAACCGAAGUCAAUUUGUCAUAUAAACUGGAUUUUAAAUGCUCUAACAACGAGGCAGAAUAUGAAGCCUUGAUAUUAGGGCUUAUGGCAGCACUCGACCUAGGAGUAAGUCUCCUAUGUAUCAAAGGCGACUCUAAUUUGGUGGUCAAGCAGACCAAUGGAGACUAUGCUAUCAAAGAGCCGCCUUUAGGCUCGUACAGAACCAUUGUCCAAAGGUUGACAGACAAAUUCAACAUGGUAAGGAUAGAACACGCUCCUCGCUCCAACAAUCGACACCCAGACGCCCUCGCUACCUUGGCUUCUAAAGUAGAAUUCGCCGAAGAAUCAACUAAGAUAGAAGUACUGAAGCGCUCCAUGCCGUGCUCGGUAACAACUAUUUUUCCUGAAAAAGAACCCGCCGACUGGAGAGCCCCAAUCAUCGAAGUCCUUAUUUCUUCAAAUCAAACCGAAGUCAAUUUGUCAUAUAAACUGGAUUUUAAAUGCUCUAACAACGAGGCAGAAUACAAAGCCUUGAUACUAGUGCUUAUGGCAGCACUCGACCUAGGAGUAAGUCUCCUAUGUAUCAAAGGCGACUCUAAUUUGGUGGUCAAGCAAACCAAUGGAGACUAUGCUAUCAAAGAGCCGCCUUUAGCCUCGUACAGAACCAUUGUCCAAAGGUUGACAGACAAAUUCGACAUGGUAAGGAUAGAACACGCUCCUCGCUCCAACAAUCGACACCCAGACGCCCUCGCUACCUUGGCUUCCAAAGUAGAAUUUGCGGAAGAAUCAACUAAGAUAGAAGUACUAAAGCGCUCCAUGCCGUGCUCGGUAACAACUAUUUUUCCUGAAAAAGAACCCGCCGACUGGAGAGCCCCAAUCAUCGAUGAGCUCCGCGCCCCUUCAGGAGACGUGAGCCUCUACAGGAAGCUACAACGACAGGGAUAUUAUUGGCCUACUAUGGCCAAAGAAGCAAACGACCUUCAAGGAAAAUGCACCAAAUGCCAGGAAUUCGCUCCAAAAGCUGAAUGCAAUUUCGCAGAAAUCACCUCCGAUUGGCGUCAGGUAUAUAUAGAUUACCUCAAAGAAGCAUCAUUGCCGCCAGAUCGCUCUGCAGCUGCAAUAAUCAAGAAGCGAGCCUCGAAAUUCUUUUUGCAAGAAGGGCAACUUUUCAGGCAUGGUUUUGACGGGAAGCCUUUACGUUGCUUAUCGGGAGCAGAAAUCCAUAAAGUCUUAGAACUUGCUCAUGGGUCGGAGCACCAAGGUGGAGCCAAGCUAUUCCAACAUCUUUUGCAUAUAGGUUAUUAUUGGCCCACCAUGGAAGCAGACGCCAAAAUAUAUGCCAAAUGCUGCAAACCCUGUCAACUCCAUGGUAACCUUAUUCAUGCACCAGCCACCGAUCUGCAUAGUUCGAGCUCACCAUGGCCUUUCCACACAUGGGCUAUGGAUCUUAUUGGCCCCAUCUCUCCACCAUCAAAAGGACACAUAUGGAUCGUAGCGGCCACGGAGACUUACACUAAGUGGGUAGGAAUUCUGUAA